CCGAAGGCUACUGCUAUGACUGUGAGAAGAAGAAUGACGGAAGUUUGUCACCAUCCACGGCACAUUUAAAACAUGAGCCGCUCUAGUACCUUCACUUGGCUAAAGUGGACUUGCCCGUAAACUGCUUGGAAUACUCUUCAUCUGACAUCUCUAUCCAGUGAUAUGGCAGGGAGAGGAUGGGCAGCCCCACCGCCCCUACCGUCCUAUCAGAAUGUUUGGAGCGGAGGGGACCUGCAGCCACCGAGUUACGAGGAAGCUCUCCUGGACACAGAAACUCACCCUUUACAGGCUGCAGCCCCACCAGUUACUGCUUCCUCUGGUUUCAACCCAUUUUAUCCUCCCGUACCUGGCUAUCAACCACCUGGGCCCUAUCCUCCCGUACCUGGCUAUCAACCACCUGGGCCCUAUCCCCCUGUAUCUGGCUAUCAAGCACCUGGGCCCUAUCCUCCCGUACCUGGCUAUCAACCAUCUGGGUCCAGCUCACUCCCAAGGCCUCAAAGAAGAAAUUCGCUUGAAGCUCAGCGUGUCAUGUCUCAGAGUAAUGAGGAACUCAUGGCGUGGUGGAGAACUGUGAAACCAUGGGAUAAAAUGUCCCAGUCUCCAGACACAGAGCUUAGAAUGUUGGCUAAGAAAGUCCACCGUGUCCAGCGAGCUGUUCAGCUGGACCGGCUCCUCAUGUCCACCCACGGAGUAACCUUGCAGAAUCACAUCGGCGAGAUGAACACGACUUCCGACCACAUCAGCGAGGCCUACAGCAUGUUAAAGGCAGCGGGCGCCAUCGGUGGCACAAGGAGGGCCGUGGGCAGCACUGUGGCCAUGACGGGCAUCUUGCUGGCCCCCUUCACCAUGGGCGCCUCGCUGGCCAUCACGGUGGUGGGCGUAGGGGUGGUGGCGGCAGGCGGCCUCACCAAGGCAUCCAUCAAGAACAAGGUGGCCAUCGACCACGACAAGAGGGCGCUGGAGGCCCUGGUGCAGGACUACCGCAAGAAGCUGGAGGACAUCGAGAGCUGCCUCCAGUUCAUCUACACGGGGAUGGAGCACAUCGGACGGAACCACAUCUCCAUAUUAAAAGGCGUCGACAUGGACACCAGCCGAGUGGCCAGCAUGCUGGGGCUGUCCGGGGAGGUGGCUUUAGGGCUGAGAGUGGCGGGCAAGUCGUCUGACCUCCUCCGAGGGUUCGCAGGGGGCAUCGGCACCUUCUACAACAAGAAGGACAACCAGUGCCUGAAGGAGGGCAAAGAGAACAAGUUUGCCAAAAGGCUACGCAAGGUGGCAGCCCGACUUCAAAACACACAAGAUGAGCUGACUCACGUUUCAGAUUCACUUGGCAGAUUUUGAUAUGUUACAUGUCCAGACGUAAUCCUGUUUCAUUAUAGGUUAAUCCUGAAAUUGUGUUUGUAAACUGUGAUUAGCCUGUUUCAUAAUUUGUCAAAAUGUGCCAAUGCUUUGUUAAAUUACUUCCUCUUUUUUCCUCAAAACAUUGUUCCUGAACCAAUACAGAUGUCAGGGUCGGAGUGGCAAUCGGGACGAUCGGGAGUUUUCCCGGUGGGCCGGCCGAGGAAUGUGUGCAGUGAGGGCCGCCCAUAUAGUCUCUGUCGCGGCCGUGAGGCGUACGCGGCCCUCGAAAUUAUAAAUUGAUUAUGAAUAUUCCGGGAAAAUCUCCGUAAUCUACGUUUUGGAGGCUUAAGAAGUCUAACUAAUAUUUAUACCAUUCGCUCACGGUCUAUACGUCAUUCAUGGUUGCCCUGCACACUCAUCUCUCCCAUGCUGAUUUUUGUGUAGGCUAGCCUUCAUUUUUUUUUUGUAUCUUAAUUCAUUUUUGUCUUAUUUAGGCGUUACAGAACUUUCAUGGUCACAAAUAAAAAAAAAUGACAAUCUAAUUUGUUUGUUUGUUCUUAAAUUAGCAAAGCCUCCUGGGACUGGGGGAUGUGUUUCUGGUUUAUCCAAUGAACCGAUUGCAGGUCAAGUCUAUUUACAGAAAUGUAGGGGGAUAAAUGAGCGGCCCCCUCGUCUAAUGGCAUGACCCUACAAGCGAUCAAGUUCGUGGAAAACUAGAGGAUUUUUGACAGUCGACGGAUUUGCGUGGUUGCUUGCUGGAUGGAAGGCAGAGAGAAAGGUUAGCGAACUAAAGAAUUGACGUUAUUGCUAGGUGGAAACUUGCACAAGC